GUAUUUUAUGUCACUUUGUGUUUGUUACACUUCACAUUUUGCAUUAGCAAUUCGAUAUUGUUUCUUAGCAAUGUAACAGAGGGAGCACAUUAAAUUAACAGAGUUGCUCCUCUGACACGCAUUGAAACCUCAUAAGUAAAAGCUUUGCGGUGUAACUGUUACGCGCUACCUAACUGUCUCGUGACGGCGGCACACCAAAAUAACGCUCCUCACUAACCGAGACUGACUGCAAAGGCACUGAAGCGACUUCGGAUUUCUAGAAAUUUCCAAAUAUUUUCUUAGCGUAGUCAACAGAGCAACGCCAGAAAAUACGCAAUAGAAACAGCAACAGCGCCAUGGCCAAGUGGGGAGAAGGAGAUCCACGCUGGAUUGUUGAGGAACGACCCGAUGCGACCAAUGUGAACAAUUGGCAUUGGACGGAAAAGAAUGCGACGCCCUGGUCCAAGGAGCGGCUGACACAGUUGUUCAUUGACUUUAAAAUAGUUCAAAGUGACAUCGAGUGCGUAGUGAAAAGUGUGGAUGAGUGCACCGGCGAGGCGACGGUCAAUAAUCGCAAGGGUAAACUGAUAUUCUUCUACGAUUGGGAAUUGGUGCUGAAGUGGUCUGGCCGGCUGCUAAACAACAGCAAAGUGAGCCACAAUGGCAAGCUUACCAUACCGAAUUUGUCCGAGGAGAACAAUCUGGAGGAUGUGGAAAUAACGGUUACCAUUGACGAGUCUAACAACGAGUCGGAGACACUCAAACAAUUCAUGUACAAUGUGGGUCGUGAGCAAAUUCGCAAACAGCUGGGCGUAUACAUCAAGGAACUAAAGGAGGAGUAUUCAAAGAACUUGAUACUACCAAAAAAGGAUGCCAAUAGCAGUGAUUCCACAGCAGUCGAGGCUAAGGAUGCCAACAACGCUAAGAUUGCGGUACAGAAGCCUGCGUCGCAGGUCGCCACGGCUGGCGCGGCCAUUUCCUCCUCCAAUAACAAUACAACGAGCAGGCCCGUGGGUUGCAAGCUGGACGUACGCUCGCUCACCAUGACCGAGGAGUUCCAUUGCAAUGCCAAUGAUCUGUACAAUGCACUAACAAAGGCCGAAAUGGUCACUGCAUUUACGCGUGCGCCCGCCAAAGUGGACGCCGUACGCGGCGGCGAAUUUGUACUCUACGGCGGCAACGUGCAUGGCAAGUUCGAAGAGCUGGUGCCCGAGAAGAAGAUACAACAAAGCUGGCGUCUGAAAAACUGGGCUUCUGGCCACUAUUCGAAUGUGAUCAUUGAACUGGAGGAAACUUCGUCGACCACGAAGUUGACGCUUAAUCAGACUGGUAUUCCCGCCUCCGAGUACACAGGGAUGAAGUCAAACUGGUAUCGAUACUACUGGGUCAGCAUAAAGCAGACGUUCGGCUUCGGGGCCUCCUGGCCACUGGGCCAGUCCUAAAUGCUAAUCAUUCGAGUUCAAUUCAAACGCGCUGCAAAUUGAUUUUCACCAUCUUUUUAGCUAUAAUUUCUGCGCGGCUGCUUGCCGACAGCACUCUGUUAACACUUAAAUAUGCUAUUUAAUUAAAUAUAUAUAGACGGAUACACUGUUCGACAGUAGCAUCAGCAUCAGCAUCAGCAGCAGUAACAAUACAACAAAUUAUGUCAUUUAGUCAUGUUCAAGCUAAGGCACACACUCGACAUGGACACAUAACUUGUAAAUGGCGAAAUAAACGAAACAUCU